AUGGCCAAGGCCCAGUUGGAGGCAGGUCCUGACUUUGCUGAGCCUAUGGACUUUGGUGAUUGGGUGUUCAAUGAUGAUGAUGAAGACUACAACAAUGAGGUGGAGCCAGGUGGUCCUUUGCAUCAUCAAUGGGCUCACACUGCCUGGCAAGAGCAGCUUCCUGCACUUGUUGACAACUACCUUGCUUGGAAGCACUCUCAUUUACAAGAGGAUCACAACAACCCUGCACCUCAUUCUAUAUUUCAUGUUACUGCAGUCAGGAUUUCAGAAUAUACCCCUUCUAUUGCUAUCCAGCAAUGUGUCGACAAGCCUGCCAACUCAUUCCUUCUGCAUAUAGGAUUUCUUGGAUGCUCUCUGCUUCAGCCUACCAUCGCUAUUUGGUUAGAAUGCUUGGAACUUUACCAUCAGAUCUGA